AUGUCCCCUGCUGUUAGAGGUAUCCGGCUCCCUAACAAUGAAGAGCUCAUCACCAGUCAGUUUGCCGAUGACACUACUAUUUUCUUUGAAGCCUGUGACAGCAACUUUGAAGCGCUUCAAAACAAACUUAAGACAUUCUGCAUUAUAUCCGGAGCAAAGAUCUCCUACUCCAAAUCUACCUGUCUUGGAUGGCAUGAAGUUCCUCCUGACUGGAGUAAUAGAUUUCAAUAUCAAUGGGGAGGUCCUCACCUGGAGGUUAGAUACCUUGGAAUUCCCUUUUCUGUGGACCCCUCUCUUAAGGCUAUGUGGCUUUGGAUCAAAGACAAAAUUAACUCCAAGCUUAAUAAGUGGCAUAACCGUUCCCUUUCUCUUGCUGGCAGGGUUCAAGUUUGCCAGAAAAUUCUCUCAUCCUAUAACAUAUACUUCUCUUCGGCCUGGUUGUUCAAUAACUAUCAGAUAUUUGAGAUCCAGAAGGCCAUUAGACAAUUCCUUUGGUCUGAUGGCAGAGGAACUAGGAAAAUGCAUGCUGUUAAGUGGCAAUGGUGUCAUACAGACAGCCUCCUUGGGGGAUUGGGCUUGAAGGAUCUCAGAACUCAAGGAGUUGCUCUUGCCGCUAAAUGGAUCUUCCACUCUAUGGAGGGUGACUCCCCAUGGAAAAUCCUUAUUAGAAACAACAUAGAAAUGGGUUUCCCUAAGCAUGCCAAAUCCUGGAAGGGCCUGCCCCUUGCUGAUCUGAUCAUGGGUAGCUUUCCUAUUAAGGUCCAUGGAUCUGCAGUUUUCUGCUCCAUUUGGAGGGCUUGGGAACAGGUUAGAAAGUUUGUAAACAAUAAGGACUACCAUGAUAGUCAAACUCUAUACGGCGAAAGAUCUAUUUGGUGGAACUUACAGCUCUCGGGAAAGCCCUUAGCCCUCUCACAAGGCUGCUCUGCCAGGUACUGGAACAAUAAAGGGAUAUCCCAAUUGAUUGACCUAUUUGAACAUAACCAGCUGAUGCCUUGGAAUGAUCUCAAAACUAAAUUUAACAUUCCUGACUCGCAAAAGAAAACAUAUAAUAUGAUUGUUAAAGCCACUAAAGAUCUCCCCAUGACCUGCUAUGUGGAUUCCAAUAGGUUCCUUCAGUGCAAAUGGCCUGAUGGUAACAUCUUCAGCAAGAUUAAGGCAAAAAAUAUUUACAAUGUUAUCAAUCAUAACAGCUCCAUCAUUGAACAUAUUAAUGCUCUUUGGUAUACCUCCCUUGAUAGCUGUUCCUGGAAGAAACUCCUUAACCACCUUUGGAAGGGGCCCAUUGAACCUAAAAUUAAAUACUUUAGAUGGUUGUUGUUACUGAACAGACUCCCUGUCAGGAACUUGGAAGCUCAAACUGAAUACUGUAAAUUCUGUAAGAUGCCUGAAACUUGUAGACAUAUCUUUUUUGAUUGUAUUUUUGCCAGGAAAAUUUGGCAAAUGUUUGAUAUAUCUUAUCCACUUGAUUACUCCAUUUUGAAUAUUGUGACUGGACAUAUUUAUGGGAUUAAAAAGGAUACUAAUCUUUUUUGGUACAUUCUCUCUUCUAACAUCUUGUGGCAGCUCUGGAAGUGCAGGAAUGAGGAAAAAUAUCAGGACAAACCCCGGUCCCUUAUUGAGUUUUACCGUAAACUCACAUAUUUUAAAAUCCUCUUGCAGGUCUAUACCAUGAUGAUGAUUGAUAAAGACAAGCUUAGGCGGUUCCUGAAGACCGGUCACACCACCUCCUUUGUUUAUGAGAUGAAGCACGGCUACGAGUGGAGAAAGAACAUUGAUGACAUCAAAGCUUUUGACAAGACCCUGAACAAAAUGAACCAAGAAAUCAGGCGGAACAAGAACACCAAAAAGGAGGUGCUUGCCAUGCCGAUCCAGGAAAACAAGAAAGUUGUUUGGAUGGAUGGGGAUAAGGGAUGGACGACCUGGGUUGAUGCCAUUGAUGGCAUCCUGCUUUAG